UCAAAUAAAAGUAAUCAGAAUUUAAAUUGCCCUGUUCGGUCUAGACAUUGCACCCAAAGCCAUUUUGUCCGGAUUAAGUUGGAGGAUCAAAGACACUAGCUCACACACACACACACACACAGAGCAACACUUCAUGGAUUGGGGUUGGGGGUUGGGGGGAUUGGGGUGUGAAAGGUAAAGAUAUAAAGGUGGAUGUGAAGUUCAGAUACAUUCCAGGGCAGGACGUGGACGGAUUUGUGCGUUUUGGAGAGAUUUCAGCGCGCUGCGCGUAAACUGCGGAGUUAUGGCAUUGUUUUUGGACCAGACAUGUGAUUAUGUUCAUAAAAUGAACGAAGACGGAGAAAUGGACUUUAUCUUCAACAAAUGCGAAGCUCGCUUUGCAGAUUCGAUGAUUUCAGAUUUAAAAAGCAAUUUCUCAUGGCUUUAUUCGAUGUUUUCAGAUGCUGUAAACGAUCACGCACUGUCUUCUCCGGAGGCAGAUCGGACUAUGCAACCGGAAGCACAGAGGAAACGGAAAAGGACGAUUUUCAGCCGCGCGCAGUUGUCGGAGCUGGAGCGCGCUUUUGUGAUGACUCCAUACCCCGACAUCACACUGCGGGAGAGACUCGCUGCUCUCACCCUGCUGCCCGAGAGCAAGAUCCAGGUACACAGCUCUCAUAACUAUUCACAGUGUCUUGUGUGGUUUCAGAAUAGACGUGCUCGGAGCAUCAAGAGUGGCAGACUGACCAGACCCAUGAAGAAAAAUCCAGUCACGUCUAAUUAUAACUCAGAAAUCACUUUCCCUCAUCCCAGUCCCACUCUUACAGUUUCUUCUGCUGCAGGCCAGAGGAACACACCUGAAGUUUACCAGCUGUCUAAUGCAAAUGAUAAACAACAGAUAUCUGACCUGGACUGGGUGAGGCAAGCAUUGUGUCCCUGGUCUCAGAAUCAGCCCCAGCCUACACCUCCGGUCCCAACCAUAUCUCCUGACCUCCCUGGAGCGCUCCCCUGGGGAAGCCAGCCCUCGAAACCAGCUGGAAGUCACUAUGUCUCAAUGGAUCAGAUGACAAGGCCAAUGCAUUCCUUAUCCCAGCACCAGUGGAGCGAGUGUGCUGAGAUUGGCACCCAUGCAGCAUCAUCUGGAGGCUUCUCAGGGAAACCUCAGUGUAACAUUAAUCAGAGCGGGUAUACGUCUGUUCCCAUGGACCACUUAGUUCCUUCACACUCUGCACAAAGCUGCUGGCAGGGAAGCAUGCACAGACAGGGACAGGCCCUUAUGCACUACCCUCAGACUUCCCUAGGAGACAUCUCUGACCUGAUCUACAGUGCUGCUGUAGUCACCAACCUGGCCGACUUCUGACUGCAACUGCUGAAUUUUUUAAUGAA